AUGUACACCGUCGAGGCCGAUGGCGCACCGCUCGUCGUCCAGUCUCGCUCUCCCGAGAAUGCCCUGGACAUCGAGCUGAUCCGGCAUGCCCAGACUGCCUACGGGUCUCGCUUCGUACCCUGCCCUCGCUACCUGGGCAGCCUAGCCAAGCUGUACGCUUACAGCAUGGACAAUGUACGUAUGUAUGCAGGCGGCGUCAGCGUCUACCUUGCGCGAGAUGAGCUGCGCGCGAAUGGCAACCGCCUCUUGAAAGUUGCUAUUGAGGACUUUGCCCAGUUCCUCGCCAUGCCGUGGCACAACACUUCGCCAGACUCCACGGACAACAACACCGCCGCUCCAGACCGCCCCCCAGCUGUGCGACAGCUACGGGCGGACCUUGAGCAGCUGCGUAUCGGCCUUCCCGCGCGGUUCCGCCCGACGCUGGAAGGCCUGCUGCAGGCCCUCCCGUCGCUCCUCUUCCCCGACGACGGCUGGCCCAUGGUGCCCAACCACGCCGACUUGCUCGAGAACAACAUCCACGUGGACCCCGAGACGGGCCGGCGUCUGCGACUGGAAGGACGCCACCGUCGGCCUGUUCGGCAUAUCCCUCUGGGGGGUUCGAGAGCCUGCUCGGCUGGCACACCUCGACCACUAGCUGGCGCUGGGUGCACGGCUCCGCGGCGCUGCGCGCCCGCUUCUGGGCCGCCUUCGCGGACGCUGCAGGGUCGGGCGUGGCCCUAG